ACAGAGGCUGUCGCACAAGGGACGGGAGAGGCCUCUCAGACAGUCAGAGAGGAGAGCAGCAGUGGGAUAACUGAAUCUGAAACACGUCACAGAGAGACAUCGCGCCCAGAAAGGAUCAAAACUCCUUCGAGCAUGAGCGCCAACAAUAACUGUACGUCUGUCUCGGACUGUGGCGGAAACCCUGAGGAAGAGAGCGUUGUGAGCAAUGACUACUCCACCGCCUUAGGUGCCUUCAUCCUCAGCUUAGUCUUCCUCCUGGGCGUCCCUGGCAACCUCUUCAUCGUCUGGAGCAUCCUGGCACGCAUCCGACGACGCUCAGUCACCACCCUCCUCAUCCUUAACCUGGCGUGUGCCGAUGGCCUUCUCAUGGCCCUCACCAUCUUCUUCAUCGUCUACCUGGCCAAGCAGACGUGGGUCUUUGGCGGAGUCAUGUGUAAAGGCCUGUUCUACCUGUGCAACUCCAACAUGUACGCCUCCAUCUUUCUGAUCAUGUUAAUGAGCGUGCACAGGCUGGUGGUCGUGGUGUUUCCGAGGAGAGUGUCCGCUAAGCUCACCAGGAGGGUUAUGACGAGGGUGAUCGCGGGCAUGUGGGUGCUGGUGUUCCUGUUUGCAAUACCUUCGAUCGUGUUCCGAGAAGUGAGAGAGGACAAAGAUGAGAACAAGAGAUUAAGAUUGGUGUGUGCACCCAAUCACACCCUGCCUACAUAUGUGAGGUUUCAGUACGCCUUUGAGACGGUGUCGGGAUUCAUUCUUCCUUACACAAUCAUCAUAAUCAGCUACAUGCUCAUCCUGAGACGCCUGAAGCAGACCAAGUUCCGCAGGAAUGUCCACAGCGAGAAACUCAUCCUGGCUAUCGUGGUGAUGUUUGGCCUGUUCUGGCUGCCAUACCAUGUCAUCAACAUGAUACAGGUGGCGGCUGAGUGGUUCACUCCCAAUUCACCUGAAAGAAAUAGGUUGGAACAUAUUUAUACAUCCAGUCGUGCAGUGACCUCGGCUUUGGCCUUCAUCAGCAGCUGUGCCAAUCCUGUCCUCUACACCUUCGCUGGGAAGUCCUACAUCCGGCGGAACGGCUUUGCCUUCAUGGCUAGGCUCUUUGAAGGCGCAUCUCUGGACUCAGCGGGAACCAAAGCGAGUCGGGUCAUAGCUAAAGACAAUGUGGGAAACAGCACUGUUGACUCAAGCAGCCAAGUCAAUGCUACUUCACUCAAUGGGAUGUGAACGCUGAAUGAACUUUGUGCCUAAAUGAGAGAAAAUGUAUAGAACUACGUAGGAGUGUGUAUAUCUUGGGUAAAGCAACAUUUGUGAAUGCCUUUGCUGUUAUUAAACAUAUGGACAAUGCCAGUACCAGCUUA